CGCCGGCAAGGGGCACGCGGGUAUGUUGAUUGUGUUGUUCGACUUAUCUUGGGUCGUCGAGCCGACCGUACAACAAACAAUGCACUAUUGACGGGUUACAUGGUAGACGUUCUUGUCCCUCGGAAACGAAACGCGCUAUCAAUACUCUACUCUACUGUGUAUGCACGUAAUCUCACCAUAGCACGCUUCCGUUCCACCCCAAGAAUCCUAUCUCCCGAACUAAAGUUAUCGUCCAUCCAUGCCCACCCUCUCCCCCUUGUUUACCCUUCCCGAACUCCGGAUACAAGCUCGAUACGCGCGUCAUUCCUUUCCUGGACUACCACCAUUUUAGGUUUAUUGCUCGCAAGUACGCUGGGGGGAAGGCGUGCUUCCCGGGUGUAGAGAUACACUUUCUUUCUUUCUUUCUUCCAGUACCGAGGUUUUGCUCUUGGUUUGCUUUGUCGGUACAGGCUAACUCGAUGGAAAUCAUACAUGAUUCAUCGUUCUUGCUCUCUGUAUAUCGAUCAAACAAACAAUCGAUAAUCGCGUUUAGCUAGAUGAUGGGCAAGAAUUGACAUGUCCGCGAUGGUAGCACAUCCAUCUCCAUCACUUCAAGUGCGAGCUAAUUCAAUCUACCAAGCUUGCAGUAACAUCAGCCAAACCCGCAAACCCACAGCUCUAGAAUCCAAUAGCUUUAUUGUAUUUGUGCCACCGGAUCGAUUGUUCAAUCAAUGAAUUCGUCCGAUCAACCCCAAAAAUCCGCGAAACACUCUAUCUCCCCGAAAUCGCCGCAGCAAACUCUAAAAAACAUACGAAUCGUCGGAAGCUGACUUGCACGCUCCCGAAAUACGAUAGCCGAGUGCUCUGCUAUAGAUUGAUACAAACAUCCACCCGCUCCUCCCAUCCCCGUUCUAGACCAAACCGACCGACCUCUAAACCACGUGGCUCCUCGUCACGCCAAUUU